AUGAAAGAUUCUGGUCAUGAUGGUGAUGAGCAAUGUUAUGAUAAUAAUAUUUCUACAUUUGAAGAAUUAAAAUCUCGAAGUAUCGAUAGUCGUCAUCUAUACGAAUGGAAUGCACCCAUCGAUACUAUUCAUAAUUAUGAAAAGUAUCUUUCCGGUAAUGAUUUAACAUUUGCCAAUCAUCGUUAUUGUAAUUGUUCACCUAAUUGGUUUGGUAUUCGAUGUCAAUAUUCGUUUGGUGAAGCAAAUGAACAAGUUACAUUUGAUGAAAUAAUUAUAUCUCAAUUCAAAAGAAAAAAACCAUUAUAUGAUAAUUAUGAAAUUGUUAAUCAUCCAUCGAUGUUAACAUGUUAUGAAGGUCUUCAAUGUGACUCAGUAAUUUGUCUUGAUUGGCAACAGAUUUGUGAUAGACAAAUAAAUUGCAAAAAAGGCGAAGAUGAACCUGAAGAAUGCUUGUUAUUAGAGUUAAACGAAUGUCAAAAUAACGAAUAUCGAUGUCGAUUUGGUGGAUGUAUUCCGAAAAGUUUUCUCAUCGAUGUCAGCUAUGACUGUAUGGAUCUUACGGAUGAAACGACAACAUAUUAUGGACAGCAGAACAAUUCUGAUUGCUAUUCGACGCCUUUGCCAAUGUGUGACUUCCAUUUAUGCAAUAAAGAUAAAUUUUCAUGUAGUGACGGAGAAUGUAUGGCUCUAACUCGCGAUUCUGUUUGGUGUAACAAUGGUCGUGAUUUAUUCUUCAAUCAAAAAUUGCUUUUAUCGAGUUUAUCCUCGAAUGAGAAGAAUUCAAGUAAAAUCACUGCUGAAUGUUGGUUAUUAAUGUUAUGUACGACAGGUAAAAGAUAUACAGACCUCUUUGGUUAUAAUUAUAGUACGUGUCAAUGUUCAUUAACUUCAUCGGAUAAUUUGCUAUGUGGUGACUACUUUCGAAAACAUUGUCCUAAGAUGUUUAUGUUUCAGACUGUUAACAAUUUUCUUUAUCCAUUUGUUCAAUUUCUCUAUCAAACUUCUUUGAAUGAUUCAUUACUUUGGUGGAAACCAACACAUUUUUGUUACAACCGAAGUCUAUGUCGCGCUGUACCAUUUACUAGUUCAAUGUUCAUCAAUGAUAUGAUGUGUAUCUCGACACAACCUGUUAAUUAUGAUCACCUUCGAUGGUUUAAAAAUAUAUUUAUUGCAUGUAGUACUACUCCGACAUCAGCAUUGAUCAAUGACAAACGAUUAUUCUAUUGUAAUAGGUCGAAAACAUUAAUUUCAAUAUAUCGACUCGAUGAACAAUAUGAAAACUGCUAUCGUGGUGAAGAUUCCUAUUAUGAUGAUAAUGUCAGACGUAUUCUGAAUUUAACAGACUAUUUUAAAUGUCACACAGUUGAUCAAUGGUGGCCACGUCCAUUGAUUAGACUAGGUCGUUGUUCAGACAAAUCUGAUUUAUUGUACGUUGGUCAAUGUACGACAGCAUCUGAUUUUGGUUGUCAAUAUCUUCGCGGUAUUUAUUCACCACCUAUCAACUAUAUCUNCAUAAAAUCCAAUGUUUCAGACUGUUAA